UGUCUGCGGUGCAGUCUGAGCUGAGCUGUCCUGAAACACGUCAGAAUCGAGGUCGUGUAAAGAUGAAUCAUCUUUAUUUGUUUACCUCCUGUAUUAUGAUGUAGGGGGUACAUAAAGUUGUCACCUCGUAGCAGAGGGAUCAUAGACACCCAUGGCAGAACUACAGAGCCACACAUUUGUGUAAAACCAAGUAGCAAACAACCACAGGCGAUGGGACAUUCUCUGGGACACAUGCUGCAUGCGGAGAGGUUAAAACUUCGGAGGGGGAGGCACCACCACCGGGAUCAGCAGAAGUUCCCAGACCUGGAAACCCUCCCCCCGGAAGUGGGCAUGGCCGUCCUGAAGCACCUGAAUGCCACAGACCUGUGUUUGGCCUCCUGUGUGUGGAACAUGGCCAACGAUGAUGUCCUGUGGAUGGGACUUUGCAAAGCCACCUGGAACUAUGCCACCAUCUACAGAAAGCAGAGAGAUGCUAACUUUUCCUUCAGGAGACUGUACCUUAUCUUAGAUGAAGGUUCUCUAACCUUUAAUGCAGACCCCGAGUCAGGUAUUGAGUACCUGGUUGCCCAGGGUGUGUUGGAUAACCACCCCAGAGAGCUGGCAGCUUUUAUCCAUGGCACACAAACCCUCAGAUGGAAACCCCUCCGUAUCUUCCUAGAAAACAGGCCAGAUGUUCUGGAUGAUCUAGUCAUUCGUCAGAACUACAGGAACCAGUUCCUCCCCAACGCCCUGCGAAAGUUCUUCCUGACUAUUCACGCGCCUGAGGAGAGGGGGGACUACCUUCAGAAACUAGUGGAGAAAUUCUCCCAGAGAUUCUGUCAGUGUAACCCCGACUGUGGACUGUCCCCAGGGGUGAUAGAGGUACUAUGUUUUGCCCUGAUACUCCUCUCUGUAGACUUGAGCAGUCCACAUGUAAAGAACAAGAUGUCUAAGCGCGAAUUCAUCAAGAAUCUUCGCCACGCCACUCCAGAAACAGACCCCGAAUUCGCCGGCCACCUUUAUGACAACAUCUACCUCGUGGGACACGUGGCACCCAACGAUUGAUUGAAAGGAAAUAAAAGCACACUUUUAGGCAAGCAAAUGAAAUGUAGCAAGUAUCUUUGUAUUUUUCAAACUGGCAGCUGAACAAUUUUAUGUUGUUACAUGCCAAGAACAUGUAAUAUGUCCCAAAAUGUAUCAAAUGUGUGAAGUGUGUUUCAAAUUAUUAUCACAAUUGUCUUGCGACAUAUUUGUGUAGAGAAAAGCAAGCAGAGGGAAGUGUUGUAAAUAUUAUUGUAAAUUUGAUGUAGAAAGGUUUUUAGAAAACUUGAGCCUGAUAUGAUUAUUGGUGUGAACAGUGACAAAGAUAUAUUUGCCCUUUUCAAAUUAAAGAAAUGUAUAUGACAAAUUGCAGAAGUGUAUAUGACAUACAAAAAGACUGUCUGCUUUGCAGUGCUUGGGCCUGGAACUAUAAUAUUGAAGCAAUGUACAGAAGUUUUAAUGAUUAUGUAGGCAUACAGACGAUCCAAAGCCCUGCCACCUAUGUAAAAACAUAGGAAUGUGAAUUAAAAUCAUGCAAAUUGAAAUCUUUGACAGACAAUAGCCAUUUUUCCAUUGGUUAAACAGCUAAAUUGCCAUUCUACAAUUGGUUGACCUGCUAAUUAUGACAAUCAAUCAGGAUUGGUCCAUUAACAUUUAAGAUGUAUGUUGGUGGACAGCUAUCAAGGAUGUUGAAUUUGCAACAUUUUGAAUCGCACACUUCAGCCAAUUUAGGUAGUGCUGGGAAAAUAGCACUUCUGAUUGUGUUUCUUUGCUUUGGCCAGUUUAAUUAAACUGGCCAAAACCAUCAAGAAUACCGUUACUUUCCAGAAGUUUAACGGACCCCAGUACAUUCAAGCUGAGCUGACAUUAAAACUGUACGCAAGCCCUUUAGAAAUUGAGAGACCUUCUUUGACAAAUGUAUGCAAAACAUUUAUUCGAUCACAUUUGAAAGUUCUGUAAACAUGUAACUGUUUCAUACAGUGUAUAUUAAUGGUGAUUUAUCACUGGAAUAGCAAACAAUUUUCUGUUAUCCAUUGCGAAUGAGAUUUUUUUGCUGAUAUUUUUGUUGUCAGUUGUUUUUAUUUGUGAAAAAUUUAUUGAAAAUUAAGUGUAAUUUUAAAAUAUGCAUACAUA